GUUGAUUAAAAUUUGAUGGAUAACAAUAAUUGGAGACCUAAUCAAGGCACUGAAGCCAAUAUGGAUACUAGUGAUUGGAGAGGUGGACUGCCGCACGAGUCACGCCAAAGAAUUGUCAACAAAAUGUUGUAUGAUGACAGGUCAAAGGACCCCUGGCGAGCUGAAUCGCUGGAGGGUGAGAUCACUCUAGGAUUGCGAUUUACCAAGUUCAAUCAUGGGAUUGUCGAUCCCAGCAUCCCAGCAAAGCGGAGUAUGGCUAAAAUUACCCUUUAUUUCUCCUUUGAUGAAAUGUUCCCUGCCAUUCGAGACCUAAAUCCCAUUCAAAAAUCACUCAAUCGUGUGCCAUUGGAUCUCUCCUUCUUCACAACUGCCAAAGCUUCACCUCGUGCCACUAGUGCUGCUGUGCGUUGUCACUGCUGUUGCCAGUUAUUGCACCUGUUACCCAACGUCCCAGACUCCCAGCAUAUUUCUUCUCAUUUUCUCUAGUUCAGCCUUUGUUACACAGCAUUUGGUAGCAUCUCUGCCACCGUCCAUUUGUUUGUGCCUCUACUACCCAGCUCAGAAUGGACACGUUAAAAAGACAUCUUCCUGUUUCUGUUCAAGAGGGAUUGCAUGAACUUCAGAAGAUUGCUCAAAGGUUUGAAGAGAAAAUUUUUACUGCUGCAACAAGCCAGUCUGAUUAUCUACGGAAAAUAUCUUUGAAGAUGCUUACGAUGGAGACUAAAUCCCAGGGCUCCAUGGCCCCCAACUUACCUCCAAAUCAAGGUGGCCCCAGUAAUAAACCUCCUGAUCCAGGACUUGGUAUUCCACCUCAAGUUCACAAUCCAGGGCAGCAACAUCCUAUUCCUAUGUCCAAUCAAACUCCGAACCGUCAACAGCUUCUACCUCAGAACAUUCAAAAUAGUAUUGCGUCUCAACCUUCGAAUAUAGCCCAGGCUCCCAUCCAAAAUGUUGGGCAGAAUAAUCCCAACGUGCAGAAUAUACCUGGUCAGAAUUCAGUGGGGAGCACCAUUGGCCAAAAUGCCAACAUGCAAAAUAUGUUUCCUGGUUCCCAGAGACAAAUUCAAGGAAGGCAGCAGGUUGUUCCCCAACAACAACAGCAGCAAUCACAAAAUUCACAGCAGUAUAUCUACCAGCAACAAAUGCAACAGCAGCUUAUCAGGCAGAAACUCCAACAACAGCAGCAGCAGCAGCAACAACAGCAGAAUCUUCUACAAUCAAAUCAGUUGCAAUCUUCUCAGCAACCUUCCAUCCAAACAUCAACUGUUAUGCAGCAACCUUCCAUGAUGCAAACAUCUCUACCUAGCAUUCAGCACAAUCAACAGUCCAAUAAUCAACAACAAUCAACACAGUCCGUGCUUCAGCAACACUCCCAAGUUAUCAGGCAACAGCAACCACAACAGACUUCGAUCAUUCAUCAACAACAAACACCGAUGACUCAACAGUCAAUAUUACCUCCACAACAGCAACAGCAACAGCAACAACAGCUUAUGGGGGCACAGGCAAAUGCACCAAACAUGCACCAUACCCAAAUACUUGGGUCACAAAAUAAUGUUGGUGAUUUGCAGCAGCCACAGAGGUUACUUACACAGCAGAAUAAUCUUUCAAACCUGCAGCAGCAACAGUUAAUAAAUCAGCAAAACAACCUAUCAAAUAUGCAUCAACAGCUGGGUAAUAAUGUCCCUGGGUUACAGCCACAGCAGGUCCUUGGACCUCAACCUGGCAACUCAGGCAUGCAAACAAGCCAGCACUCUGCACAUGUGCUACAACAGUCGCAGGUUCCAAUUCAACAACAAUCACAGCAAAAUGCAUCAAAUUUGUUACCAUCUCAAGUGCAGCAGUCACAGCCUCAGGCUCCACAGCAGCAAUUGAUGCCACAGAUUCAAUCUCAACCUGCACAGUUGCAACAACAGUUGGGUUUGCAACAGCAACCAAAUCCCUUGCAACGAGAUAUGCAACAAAGACUUCAGGCCUCAGGUCCCUUACUUCAACAAUCAAAUGUUCUUGAUCAACAAAAGCAGUUAUACCAAUCACAAAGACCCCUUCCUGAAACUUCAUCCACUUCUCUGGAUUCAACAGCACAGACUGGACAGUCAAGUGGGGGUGAUUGGCAAGAAGAAGUGUAUCAAAAGAUUAAAUCUAUGAAGGAAAGUUACUUGCCCGAGUUGAAUGAAAUGUACCAAAAAAUAGCUAGUAAACUUCAGCAGCAUGAUUCCCUUCCACAACAACCAAAGUCAGAUCAGCUUGAAAAGCUGAAGGUAUUUAAAAUGAUGCUGGAACGAAUUAUAACAUUCCUUCAGGUUUCCAAGAGCAACAUCUCACCUAAUUUCAAGGAGAAAUUGAAUUCAUAUGAGAAGCAGAUUAUAAAUUUUAUAAAUACAAAUAGACCUAGGAAAAACAUGCCUGGACAUCUUCCCUCACCUCAUAUGCAUUCCAUGUCACAAUCACAACCCCAAGUUACUCAAGUGCAGUCUCAUGAAAAUCAAAUGAACUCUCAGUUGCAAACAACAAAUAUGCAAGGCUCUGUAGCAACAAUGCAGCAGAAUAAUAUGGCAGCCAUGCAGCAUAAUUCUCUGUCUGGUGUAUCCACAGCACAGCAGAGUAAGAUGAAUUCAAUGCAACCAAGUACCAAUUUAGAUUCAGGACCAGGAAAUGCUGUGAACUCCCUGCAACAGGUUCCAGUGAGCUCACUUCAACAAAACCCUGUUAGUGCUCCUCAACUAACUAAUGUUAACUCCUUAUCUUCACAAGCCGGGGUUAAUGUAGUCCAACCAAAUCAUAAUCCCCUUCAGCCAGGUUCUAGUAUGCUUCAACACCAGCAACUAAAACAACAGCAGGAACAACAGAUGUUACAGAAUCAACAGUUAAAACAACAAUAUCAGCGGCAAUUGAUACAGAGGAAACAACAACAGAUCUUACAGCAGCAGCAGCAGCAACAACAGCUACAUCAGACAGCAAAGCAACAGCUGCCUGCACAAUUGCCAACACAUCAAAUACAACAACUUCACCAAAUGAAUGAUGCAAAUGACAUAAAGAUGAGGCAAGGAAUCAGUGUUAAGCCAGGGGUCUUUCAGCAACCUCUUACUUCCAGUCAACGCUCAACUUAUCCCCAUCAACAGAUGAAAGGGAGUCCUUUUCCUGUUUCUUCUCCCCAACUCCUUCAGGCCACAUCUCCUCAGAUUCCACAACACUCAUCUCCUCAGGUUGACCAACAAAACCACCUUCCAUCUCUCACAAAAGUUGCUACCCCUCUGCAAUCUGCUAACUCACCUUUUAUGGUACCCACUCCUUCACCUCCCUUGGCUCCAUCUCCCAUGCCAGGGGAUUCUGAAAAGCCCAUUUCUGGUGUUUCAUCAAUCUCAAAUGCUGCAAAUAUUGGAUAUCAACUAACAGGGGGUGCAGCAGCACCUGCUCAAUCCCUUGCCAUUGGAACACCUGGAAUAUCAGCCUCUCCUUUACUUGCAGAGUUCACUGGCCCUGAUGGUGCUCAUGGUAAUGCUUUAGCACCCACUUCUGGAAAGUUAACUGUUACUGAGCAGCCUAUUGAGCGCCUAAUUAAAGCGGUCAAAUCAAUGUCACCAAAAGCAUUAAGUUCUGCUGUCAGUGAUAUUGGUUCAGUUGUCAGCAUGAAUGAUAGAAUAGCAGGAUCAGCUCCAGGUAAUGGAUCCAGAGCUGCUGUUGGCGAAGAUUUGGUUGCUAUGACUAAUUGUCGUCUUCAGGCUAGAAAUUUUAUCACCCAAGAUGGUGCCAAUGGAACAAGGAGGAUGAAGCGCUACACUAAUGCAACACCCUUGAAUGUUGUAUCUUCUCCUGGUAGCAUGAAUGACAGUAUCAAGCAGUUAACUGCUGAGGCUUCUGAUUUGGAUUCAACUGCAACAUCUAGAUUCAAGAUGCCAAGGAUUGAGGCUAAUCAUUCCCUUUUGGAAGAAAUUAGGGAGGUUAAUCAGCGACUUAUUGACACGGUAGUAGACAUAAGUAAUGAAGAAGUUGAUCCAACAGCAGCUGCUGCUGCUGCUGAAGGGACAGAAGGGACCAUUGUCAAAUGCUCUUACAAUGCUGUGGCUCUCGGUCCGAGCUUAAAAUCCCAAUAUGCUUCAGCACAGAUGUCACCAAUUCAACCCUUGCACUUGCUUGUUCCUACAAAUUAUCCUAAUUGUUCCCCCAUACUCCUAGACAAGUUUCCAGUUGAAUCCAGUAAGGAGAAUGAAGAUCUUUCUGUCAAAGCGAAGUCAAGGUUUAGCAUAUCCUUGCGAAGUUUAUCACAACCUAUGUCCCUUGGGGAGAUAGCAAGGACUUGGGAUGUUUGUGCUCGCAUUGUUAUUUCUGAGCAUGCACAACAGAGCGGUGGUGGGAGUUUCAGCUCUAAGUAUGGGACUUGGGAGAAUUGCUUGACCACAUGAUGAUCCUUGCCGUUCCAUGCAAACAUCUUUUUUCCUCUUAAAUUUGCCAAAACUUGUGUCAAUCAUUGGAUACGGAGUUUUUGGGUGCAGGUGAAAAGCGAUUAUGCAUCAGGUCAAAUUGGUCUCGUUUCAGUGAAUUGUGUAUUCAGUUAGUAUCCCAUUUUCUUGCUUAUUUUUACGCUCAAAUUGCGAUGUUUGCCGCUGCCUAAGACGCUCAAUGUAGUAAGAUUUGUGUGACUUGAAUCAAAUUGCCUUCACCAAGGCUUUGUUAAUAACUAAUAUAGUAGCUCAACAGUAAGGCCCGUAAUUUCUGCAGAAGAAUAACACUUCCAGAUGCUCAUAAUUAAAUUGCAGUUAUGAUUAGUUAUAUAUCUUAAAAAAACUUUUUCUUUCA